AUGUCGCAACUGAUACCUCCCAAGGAGGCAGCGGAAUUGUAUAUUGAGUGGGUCAUUCAGUCUAAGGACUAUGGUUACAUGAACGGUGUGAGCCCAGCGAAUAUCGUCAAAAUGGCCAUGCUGGACUUGGAUGCCCUACAAUCUGGCAAAUACGGAGCAGAUUAUUAUCCAAGUGCUGACCUAGGGACAUCUCUUCAGUCCGCCGUGGAUGAAGCAAACACGACGGAUGGCCUCCCAAAGAUAGUCUCGUGGAUAGAACAUAGGGACGAAGAAAGUGUUGUGCGAAGCAAGGAGAUCGAGAAGGUUCUGUCUGAAGAGUUUAAGCAGAUUAGUAUCCCUGAAGUCCCAGUGGAGCGAUGGGAAAGAUUUACUCUAUAUGAGAAGGUGUCCACUAUCGCUCAAUAUCGAGUAGCAAAGGACCUCGUCUGCUUGUCUAAACCUACCGAUUACAACUACAACUACAAGAAGUACGAGUUCACUAUCCAGCUCUAUUUGCUUAAGGGCGGGUAUGGUGGCAAUCAUUUUGCGACAAAAUUGUGUUCCGGUUACAAUGUUCCUUUUUACAGCUUUCUGAAGACUCUUCAAGAUGAGAGCCAAUUGUGUGUAAUUCCACCUCUCGAUGACACUCAACCUUUCACCAUCCCCAAGGGCCCCAGCUUCGGGUCUUCUACAGAACUCACCGCAUCGGUCUUUGGCAAAGCAGAGAAAGAGAAACGCGUGAAGCAACGACGCAGCAGUGUGAGAGGGUACACGCUCGAGGAUGGGCCAUGGGUGUAUUUUCUCGUCAACAACGCAUCACGGACCAGGUCCGACUACACUGAGAUUUCCAACCAAAAAGAUUAUGUGGAGAUGCUGGAUACUCUUAAAAAGGCCCACCAGAGAAAUCCGGAACACGGGGAAGUACUACACAUUUGGCAUUCAGCGGAUCUAGCGGCGUAUAGCAAAUGGAGAGAGUCUGCUCGCCAGGAGAUACAAGAUAGGAAUCGCCCUUGGAGAUCAGCUGAAUCGGAUGAGGGGAAUGAAGAGGAUCGAGAGGAUGGAGAAGACGAUGAGGGUGAGCCAUACUUUCAAUGGUUGAUGAGGACAUUGCAAUAGGCCAGAUAUGGCGAAAGAUACAUACGC